ACCGACCUCAAAAGCCUUUGUAGCUUCUGUGCUGGUCUAAGCUUCUCACCUUUUCUGCUUCUUGUCUUUCUCAUCACAGAAGCAAUUGCUUCCUGGGCUUUGCAUUUUACCAAUUCAAUGGCAUCUUCAUCUUCUUCUGUACGGAGUGGAGGAUGGACAUAUGACGUUUUCAUAAGCUUCAGAGGCGAAGACACUCGAAACAAUUUUGUAGAUCAUCUUCAUACAUCUUUGGUUCAGAAAGGAAUACGUGUGUUCAAAGAUGGCGACAUGCUCCGUAGAGGAAAGCCCAUAUCUUCAGAACUCCUGAAAGCCAUCGAGGAAUCAAGGUUUGCAGUGGUUGUUUUUUCAGAAAAUUAUGCCUACUCUUGUUGGUGUUUGGAUGAGCUUGCCAAAACCAUGGAAUGUCAAGAUCGGAUGGGACAGAAGGUGUUACCGGUAUUCUACCACGUGGAUCCAUCUGAUGUCCGCGGACUAAAAAGAGACUUCGCCACCGCUUUUAAGCAACACGAGCUGAAGUUCAGUGAAGAGAUGGAUAAAGUGAACAAAUGGAGGAAAGCUUUAGCUGCAGUUGCCAAUUUAUCUGGAUGGCAUAUCUCCCCGGUCAAUGGGGGUGAAUCUAUAUUUAUCAACAAGAUUGUUCAAGAGAUUUCCGGCUAUGUACAACCUUGCAGAAUGGAGAACAAUCUAAUUGGUAUUGAAUCUCGUAUUAAUGAAUUAAAUUCAUUAUUAGGUACAGAAGCAACACAUGAGGUACGCAUGGUAGGGAUAUGUGGAAUGGGAGGAAUCGGUAAGACAACUAUUGCCAGAGCUUUGUUUAGAAGAAUUUCUUAUGAGUAUGACGGUAGUAGCUUUGUUAAAGGUGUUAGAGAAAAUAGUAAAAAAGGUAUAUGCAGUUUACAACAACAAAUUCUUAAAGAUGUUCUAGCAACGCACCACGAGUCCCUAAUUGAGGAUCCAGAGGACGGAGCUGAAUUGAUACAAACAAGAUUUUGCAAUAAGAAGGUUCUUCUUGUUCUUGAUGAUGUGGAUGAUGUCAAGCAAUUAUGGUUCCUAGCUGCAACACAUGAGUGGUUUGGUGCAGGAAGUAGAAUCAUAAUAACCACUAGAAAUGAGCAUUUGUUAUCAGAUACAAAUGCCAAGUACAAACCUGCUCUCUUAAAUAAGGAGCAUGCUGUUGAGCUCUUCAGUAGACAUGCUUUUGGGAGAAAUAGCCCUCUCGAAGGGUAUGAGGAGCUGUCAAAUCGUGUAAUACGCUACACUGGCGGUCUUCCUCUUUCCCUGAAAGUUUUAGGCUCUUUCUUCCGUAAAAGAGAAGCACGUGUGUGGGAAAGUGCUUUAAACAGAUUAGCCAAAACACCAAACAUGGAGAUUUUUGAGACACUGAAGUUAAGUUUUGAUGGGCUAGAGGCUUCUGAGAAAAAAAUAUUCUUGGACAUUGCAUGUUUCUACAAAGGCCAUAAUGUAGAACGUGUGACUAGAGUACUCGAUAGCUUUGGUUUUGAUCCGGUGAUAGGAAUUAGUGCUCUUAUCGAAAAAUCUCUCAUAACUGUCUCAAAUGAACGGAUACACAUGCAUGAUGUCCUUCAAGAAAUGGGUAUGGAAAUUGUUCGUAAGUGUUACCCGAAUAGCAGGCUAUGGCAAAAUGAAUUCCAUGAUUUCAUUAAGAAAAACGAAAAACUAGGAGCAAUUGAAGCCAUAGUGUCGACACACGUUGAUGAGGACAUGUCUGAUGAGAACACGGGUUUUAGUGCUGAUGUUUUUGAGAACAUGAAGAAUCUUCGGCUACUUGAUAUUUGCGGUGGUUUCACUUCUUGUAAACCUACAACUCUCCCUGAUGAGUUAAGAUGGCUUAGAUGGGAUGAAUACCCAUUUUCUUCUCUGUCAGUAGCGAACCUGCAAAAGCUUGUUGGACUAAUCAUGAUAGGAGGUGAAAUUGAACAUUUGUUGAUGGGGGAUAAGGUUAUGCCAUACAUGAAACUCAUCGACCUUCGAGACUCAUUCUCCUUUAGAAGGCUUCCUGAUUUCUCAUGGACCCCAAAUGUUGAGAGGUUGAUUUUGUCAAACUGCUGCAAUUUGGUGGAAGUUCACGAGUCUCUUGGAUCUCUCAGAAGGCUUGUUUACUUAGACAUGAGUGGUUGCGAUAAUCUUAAGUGCCUCCCGUCCAGGAUUGAGAUGGAAUCAUUGGAGACUCUAAGUCUCUCUUAUUGCUACAGUCUUGAAGAAUUCCCGGAAGUCUCGCCAUGUAUGGUUAAACUGUCCAAUAUAAAUCUGGAUGGAUGUGAAAAUGUGAAGAACAUUCCAAACUCAAUUUGUGAGUUAAAGAAUCUCCAGACCCUUCAUCUUUACGACUGCAUGAAACUGCGAACAUUGCCAGAGGAGCUAGGAAGCAUGAAGAAAUUAGAAGAGAUACGGCUAGGAUUUAAGGAUCACGUCAAGGGCUUUGAAAGGCAACCUGAGUCCAUUAAUUUUCAUACUUUGACAAAUUUGUGUUGCUUAAGGAUAUUAGAUCUCAGUUGGAGACAAAUCGAAGAUGAAGACUUCUUCAAUAAUCUUCAUGCAUGUUCCUUCUUGGAAGAAUUAUAUCUGAGUGGCAACUCUAAGUUAGUCCAGUUACCUGCAAGCAUCUCUCGUGUUUCUCGUCUUAAACGCCUAGAGUUGAAUGAUUGCCGGCAACUUCAAAGUUGUCAAGCUCUCCCAUCGGGGAUACAAGUAUUAAAGGCACACAACUGCAAAGCAUUGAAAAAGAUUGAUGAUUUAACAGUAGAGUAUAUGUGGUUGUAUAAGAUAUGGCUCACUGGUUGCAAGGAACUUCUAGAAAAUCAAGAGAAUGAAAGAUGCCUCAGUAAGAUGUUGCAGCAAUCUUUCCUUGAGAAAUGUGCUGUUAUCGAUCGCCGGUUAAGUAUCUCCAUUCCUGGAAGCAAGAUUCCAAGCUGGUUCAAAGAGCAACGACAUGGAUCCGCAGUGGCAUUUAAGUUGCCUCCAAACUAUCAUACCCGUAUCAUGGGGUUCACAGUAUGUGGUGUGCUUCGAGGGAAAUGGAAGUCAGAGUAUAAUCCUACUUCGAUCUUCCUCAGUAUUGAAAAUAACGGAAAGCUCAUUCCCGAGUCUGAGGUUGAUUGUAUUAACGCAUUUACUGAGAAUACAAGCGUACAGAUUGUGUAUAUACCAGUCAGUUUCUUGGAGCAGCAUAUGGAUGACGAGUAUGGACUGGGGGACGGGUCUCUUAUUGUUGAAGGCAGUCGUUUUAUCACGAUAAGCAUACAAUGUGAUCAAGAGGUCGUAAGAUGCGGGGCACAUGUAGUGUACAAAGAAGAUGUGGAAUGGAUCCAACAACCCGAAACUUGUAUCUCUGAUUGCCGGAACUUGGACCAGGUUCAACGCUUUGGCAAUACGUUGGUGUACAAAGACGAGGUUAGCUACAUGUAUGAAUAAUUCUCUUGGUUAAAUGCAGUCAAGUUUUUUAUGAAA